GGAGCACGCAUGCUCAAUGUGGCUCCUUGCUACUGCCAUUUCCCAGGGUCUGUCACAAAAGGUGCAGGGAGGAGGAUCAGGUGCUUGGCACAGUAGGAGUGUGGGCUGGGAAGGAAGCUUUAAUUAUUGAUGCUAAUCAUGGCGUCUCUUUCUGUCUGGAGAGCGAUGAGGGUGGUGAUCCCGCUCAUUUCGGUGCUUGGCCUGCUGAGUGUGAAGCUCGCCGGGGCCAGUCAAGAAUCUGGGAGUGUCAUUCCAGCGGAAAGUCGCCCCUGUGUUGACUGCCAUGCAUUCGAAUUCAUGCAGAGAGCUCUUCAGGACUUAAAGAAGACUGCAUAUAAUCUCGACAGCCGGACAGAAACCCUCCUCCUGAGAGCAGAGAAGAGAGGCCUUUGUGAUUGCUUUCCUGCAAUGCACUGAAACAAGCCCUGGGAAGUAGCCAAUGGACAUUAUUCAUUUUUAAAAUGCUAUUCGGUAAACUACGGACAGAUUUAUUGAGUACAGGUUGCGUUACACUGUAAGGAAAACAAUACUUUAUCUCAACAGAUACUGCUGAAUUAGAGCUUUUUUGCUUUGACACAUUUGAUCAUAAUUGCGUCUGUUGUCACACAUGCUGAAAUGUCAAAGAAGAAACAGUGCCAAAGUCUUUACUUACAUAAAGCCUGUAACUUAGAUUUGCAUUAAAAAAAAAAAAUCUCAAGCCAAACUUUACCUUUGGAUGCUCAGGCAAGGUCCUCGGUAGAUAUCAAUUGGCAUCAAUCCAUUAAAAUCAAUAGAAUGACAUCAUUUCUCUCCAACCAGGGAUCAGGUCAUAGGCUUUUAUUGGACCUCCCUGAUGAUUCAGUGGUAUGAUUAGUGACAACAUGGCCCUAAGUAUCCCAAUGGAGGUUACUUUGCAAUAAAGUUCAAGUUAACAGUCAUUCACAAGAGGUCUUGAUUUUAAGAGGUGAAACCGUGUCUACCACUUGCUGCUUUGCAGUGUAGAUAAAGCAGUGACCUGUAACGAUAUAGAAGUUGUAACAACAGGCCAGCAUUUUGUGUGCACAGCUAUUGUAUCUCGCACCACUAGCUUCUGUGGAGCCGUACAGUAGAUGUGACCUUACACGGGGGAUUUAUUUAGUAUCUUACACAAUCAGCAACAUUUGUAGUGGAAUGACAACUGCCUCGUGGCUUUGCAGGAGGUUUAUGCCAACACUUUCUGAAGACGCAUCCUCCAUUAAACAGAUCAUGAAUUGGCUGGAACCAUUCUCAAUAGUUUCCUUCAGUGAGUUUCAGAAGAGGGUCCACAUAAUAUAUAUUAAUUACUUGCAUCCCUUGCCAGCCUUAUUGUGAGGAAUAAGGCAAGCGGCACUAAAAUGCUGCUUUGUACAUGUGUGGGCCUUCUGCCUAGGCCUGGCUUCACACUAGGAUCCUAGUGUGGGAAGGUGCCAAUUGUUUGUGUGCUGCCAAGUGAUGCAGCUGAGUGCCAUCAAUUCCCCGUAAGAGAAACAGGAGCUUAGCAGGAGGUAGGCAGAUGCUUGCAGCACUGGGAUCUAGUACUCACUGAAAAUAGGAAGUGACUUCUUCCUAGUUUGUUCCCCUCUUUUUUUUUUUUGUUAGGCAGAUCCCUCACGGAAGCAUCUUAGAAUUUAAUACACUUUCUACAGGGGUUUUUUUUUCUUUAAACUAUCCUGUAGGAAGUAAUCAAGAGAGGACCUUGUCUCUUCUGAAGAAUGCCAUAGGUUGGUUUAAGACCUCUAGAGAAAGGGCAGCACUGCACAAGAAAUAUAGCUUUCAGAGUAACAUUGUUUAAUGUUGUUAUUGUUUAAUUCCUAAUUAACAGUUCUUAUUGUUUAAUUCCUAAUUAAUCCAAUAGCAUCUUCCUAGCAGGGACUGAUGCAUUACUCUGUGGCAGCUCAGGAACACUGGGCUUCUAUUCAUUUUUUUUUUUUACAAGUGAAACCAAUUAGCUUUUAAACAUUAAUUGUAUUAAUGUCUUUAUUACUUACCUCCGUAUCACAUGGGUAUAGCAAACGGAAAAAUGCUAAUGUUGGACUUGCCUUUUGUGACCUAGUGUCACUGGGGUGGCAGGCAGUGACUGGACUGUUAAAUGUGUUUUGGAGAGAAUGGAAGAUGAGGGAUCACAGCCAGGCUGUAAUUAGAAAACUGCUUUGGAUCUCAAGUCUUGACAGCUUGCAGGGGGCUUCUUGUCAACAAUUCCCAGCGGGUGCAACCGACUCACUUGAGACCCUGCCACAAACACAAACAUCCUGUUACACAUCUCCAGCAUCUAGUAUUUAAAACAACAUGAGCAUGUGUAAAUGAUGCAUUGGUUUUGAGUGUCCUCUCAAUGCUGGAGGAUGCUAAAGGGCUCAAUCCCGUAGUUCUUAUUAAGCAUGAGGUAGAAUACAGCCUUUCAGAGAAGACUGCCGUUAGGUCUGUGCAUCAUUGAAAUCCUACUCAGGCACCGGGGAGAAAGCAGGAUUUAAGUGAUGUAGGAGUUGCACAGAGCUCCGUGUCACCCUAUGAAUUCAGUCAGGGCCAGGCCUGAUUAAAAGCUUUGGGAUUGGACCCAGUUCCUCGAGGAAUGGAAAGCUUACACCUUCCCUCAGCCUUUAUAUUUCAAUGCCAGUGUGCAACAUGCCUGGCACCUUUUCAUCCUCUGCAGGGCAUCGGGAAGUUUUGUGUGUAGGAUUAUAAAACAGCAAACAUAUUCCUAGUCCUAUUCCACCUAUGACUGAAAGUCAUUAAAAACUGUGAGAGGAUAGUGAGAGAUAUCUGCAUCAUAGAUUAGCUAUUGUUUUACAGGUUAAAUAUUCAGGGUGCAAUUUUCCCCUGUGCAGAAAUAUUAUAAGACAAAUGCACCACUUAAAUCUCUCUUAAACUUGGACUGAUGUGUAGGCCACGUGCUGCCUUAUGCGCAGGGUUUAGUUUCACCAUAUACACAGCAUUACAUCUAGAUUUUUCUAGCAUACCUCCACCUUUUGGGGGGUGAUACCCUAUCUGUGGUUUUCUAUAGAUAUUUUGCAUGCUUAUUACUGCGGCCGCAGAACUCACUUGGAAAGCCCUCUAACAAAUGUUAUUUUUUGAUAUGUUAUGGGUUUUAUUUAGAAAGCAGUCGGGGAUCAUUUGAGUUUGACAUGUUCAGUAACAUAAAUGGAGUGAAUGAUGAGCGGAUGUUUCCUAUACGAGGAUAAUGUUGCUAGUGUACAGCCGUGAUGGCAGCCAUCCUGUCCGAUAUGCUUCUCUUUAAUCUAUAUCAAUAAAAGCUGAGGUGCAUUACAA